GAUUCUCAUUUUAAAGUUGCUGCUACAAAAAUAACUUCUUUUACAUUUGUUGAAUGAGGAAAGACUUAAUAUCUUUUUCUAACUUGUACGAAUAAAAUUAUAUUUAUAAAGAAAUAUAAAAUUGAAGCUUCGAAGGUGAUGGUAUCUUAUUCAAUUCGUAUAAAAUACAGUCAAUGGCAGUAGUAACGGUGGAGUUCUGGGUUCACCUCUGGGAUCGUUGAGAUACUAAAUUCGAGUCUCAUAUUACACACAAGUUGUGGGUUAUCCCAGUUAGUUUGCCUUUCAAAGACAAAAAAUGUCCCAUGGAAACUCUCAAAUGAGUGGUGGAGAUGGAUAUCCAGUCGAGGUCGUGCGAUUAUGCAGGGAAAAUAGCCGAAGUCGCGCGAACCCGCCGACUAAAUCUACAGUGAACUGAUGCCAGCAAUGCUAACAUUGAGAGGCAAUGGCCUUGAUCCGGCAGAAAUGGAGGGUACAAUGGAGACUAAGGCCAAAACCCUACCCAAACGACGCGGUACCAAAUCUGGGAAACAGAAAACUCAAGCUGAGAAGGAAAGCCAUAAUGAGAGCUGUAGACGGUCUCGACUGAAAAUGAAAACGAUGCAUAAGGACCGAGAUCAAGAGUUCUUAAAGUUGCAAGCUGAUCACAAGACGAUCAAAACUGAGCUGCAGUACCAAGCUAAAAAGGGGAUCGAGUGCAAUGAAAAGCUCCAAUCUUUGGAAGAGGAUAACCAAAUACUCAGUAUAGACCUUCACACUAUGAAAGAAGAGUUGGAAUGGACGAGGCAAAUCGCCGUUGCAUUGAUGGCCUUCCAUGGGCAUAACUUUACUUCUUUUGACCAGGCCGUAGAAUGGUUUGCGUCGUAGAAUUAUGCGGGAGAUGGUCAAGUUUCAAGAGCUUCUGGAACUGGUUUACAGAAUGUUAACGGGUUGGUGGGAUCAAUACCGGUUCCGACGAUCAACUUUCAACCUUCCAUGGUUAACUUUGAUCAGCAAAUGUAUUUUGGCCAGGACAACGCCAACAUUGCUGCCUUUAUUGCUGCUGCUCCCGCAUAUACUGCUGAUCAUGCUGCCUCCUCUGCUGCAGGAGUUUCGACUAUUACUGGCUCCUCGUCAGGUGCAAAUCCUACUCUGGUGUUUGGUUCCACAAAUAAUAAUGAGAAAGAUGAUGAUCUUUUCAGCUUUGUUAAAUUCCAUCUUCAGAGUUAGUUUGGAGAUGAUGCCGUGUUUCCUUCUAUUGCUGGUUGCUGCCUUUUUAUGUUGAUGGUGAGUUUGUUUAUGUUGUAAGAGAUGCUUGAUUAUUCAAUUCCAAUUUACCAGAUGUACUAUCAAGUCAUCUUCGUCUUGAUGAUUAAGUCGACAAUGAAUUGUAUGGUUAAUUAUCAAUUUUCAUUCAUAUUUGGUUCAAGUCAAA